AUGGCAGAGCAAGUCAGCCACAAUGUGGUAGACAACACCCCGUCGGCGAGUGCUUCGGCGCCCGCUGACGUUGCUGCGGACCAAACCACCACUGAGCUCGCCGGCAACGGCAACAACGCAACAACCACCACCAGCGAUAUUCCGACCACCGAACCUUUCAUCGAUGCGAAGAAUGCAAACGACGCAGCUAUUACGACGAACGGCUCAAUUCAGAAUGAGCACAUCGAUUCUAGUGCAGAAUUGAACGGCACUCACGACGCAGCGAGCCAAGUAGGCAGUCAGGAAGAUGCUGGUUCAGUCGACCCGAGCGUGACAUCGGAUACGGAAGGCAGGAGGGGCGAUGGAUCAGAUCUCAAGAAGGAAGGUGGACAUCACGUGCGCGCGAACUCCGUCAAGAAGCCUAUAAGCUUUAGCAAGGUGUCCGUGACAAAGAGCUUCCUCGCCAAGUCCGCUUCGCCAGCACCGCCAGCAGCGGCGAGCACAGGCGCCAAGCCGAGUCCUUUAGCUGCUCCAGUACAACCAGCGGCACUCAGACCUAGGUUGGUCGCGAAGACGGCAGGCUCACAGCAGGGCAUGACAAGGCCACGGGUAGGCUCAGAGUCUGCAGGAGUGCCGGAUGCGAGCAAGGUGUGGAAUAAGAAUAGGCCGGUUGCUCCACCUCCACCAAAGCACUUCACCGACGAGGAGCUCAAGCAGCAAUAUGGUAUCCAUCUUGCCACACGACUCCAAUCGGACGAGAACGGCAAGGAAUCGAAGUGGGCAGACAUCGACGAGGACGAAGAAGACUGGGCUCCCGAGGCAGUGGUAUGGAUGGAUGGCACAAAGUCCACUCUAGCAUCAUCGGAAGUCAUGGCAUUGGAGGAGAAGCAGCACCUUGCUUUGCAACAGCAGGAGCAAGCGAAGCCCGAAGAGCCCACCCGACCAGUAAUCGUGGUCAAGAAGACGGAGCUAGGACCGCAAAAGACGAUCUUGAAACCCGGAAAUGCUGGGAAAGCAGCCGCACAACUGAAUCGUUCGGCUACGGCUAGCCCAUCCGGCGAUAAGCCCUCAUUGAAGUCCAAGAGCCAAGCCUCAGCACCAGCAAAGUCACCUUGGGCAUCUCUGCCUCCUGUCGAAGCUGCGCCUCUGAUCAACCCACCAGUACAACAACAAACACAUACCAUCUCGAACUUGCCAUCCCAGGACGCGCGCGCAUAUGACCAGCAGACACCUUCUCAACCCGCUCGCCAGAUCGCAGCAGACACAUUCGAGCGCCAGUGGCGAGAUGGAGAAGGCGCACCGCGUGAGCUAUUCAAUUCUGCCAAUGGUCGCUACGAGCCUGCUCCGGAAGGACGACGUGGCUCUAUGCGCCAGGACUCCUCAUUCCGAAAACCAUCACUUCUGCAGCGGCCAUCCCAGCCUGGCCAGGGACCGGCCGAACCAUCCGCUGCAUUCCAGACCCGCAGUAACAGUGGUUCAGAUGGUGCGCCCUGGCCGAAGAGACGAGGCUCGAAUGUGAGUCAAGGUAGUGCCUUGUCUGGCAGACGAAUGUCCAUAUCCCGGCCCUCGGACUUGCCACCAGCAUUUGAGGAGGAAGGUCAGUCAGCUGCAGCGGUUGGGCACGAUCUACGAGCAUCUCCUGCGUCUUCACGUAACGAUAUGUCUCGACCACAGUUCUCACAGCAGACUACCUGGGACCAGCAGAUGCCGAGUAUGCCUCAGCAGGAUCCCAACGCCGAGGAUCCGGUCAAGGCGCAAGAACGUAUUAUGCGUGAGAAGCGGGAAGGAGCUCGUAAGCGUAGACAGGAGGAAGCGGAGCUGGAAGCGAAAGAGAAAGAAGAGCGGCUGAAGGCUAAAUUGGCAGCUCUCGAGGGCUCUGGCAGGUCUCGCAAGGAGCGUGAAGCUGAAGCCGCUGCAAAGGCUGCAGCUCAGACAGCUGUUGUUGAGAAGCCAAAGGAGCCGGCCUCCAACUCUGCCACGCCCACAGAACCCGCCCAAGCAUCUGCUGUCAGCCCAGCGCUCGAGGCUCGUCUACUGCCUGCACCACCUACCGAGGCUGCUAAACCAGUCAUUGCUGAAGAGGCAAUCCCUUCGCCAAUACCAGCGAAAGUGACAGAGGUGCCUGCGCGUCCUGCCGCAUCCAUCGAGGAACCACAGCUUGAUGCCUCUCGAUCACAUCUGUCACCUCGUGCUAAUGCUAGAGCACCAAUCAGCCAGCAGCCUUCGUCAUACCGAUCGCCAGCCACAGCAUACUCGGCCUCAGCGGACCGCAAACAGCAGCCGUUUGGAAGAGGCUUGGGUGGCGACACGUUCUCAUCUAUUCCUGGUUGGAAUACUUCGGCGUCGGCUGGUAAUGUGUGGGGCUCGUCUGGAAUCGGCAAUGGCACUUUCGACAAGUCUAGCGCAUAUGCUCCAAUUUCGAUGUCACAACAGACCUCAACCUUACUGCCACCACCUGGCAUGGGAAGGCCUUCGACCAGCAGUCGCAUCUCGCCACCAUCCAGAGGUCAAGAGGGACAACUACCCGGUCUCUCCUCAGCACAGCCGUCCGAGCAGCAACGUGGCUUCCCACCGCCAGGCAUCGACUUACGACCGGAUUCAACAUGGGGCUCUUCUCGCCAUAAUGGCACUUCUCCAGCACCAGGACUUGGGAGACAGACACAUUUGCCGGCCCCCAUUGCGCCGCCUUCGCGUGCGCAGCUGCAGCAACAGCAACCUCAUCAGCGUGAUACAAUAGCGACAUGGCAAAAUGCAGCACAAGGACUGCCACAUCAGUACUCUGCUGACGCUGACGCCGCUGCCAGGAAGCCACAAGAACAAGCCGCGCCAACCGAAGCGAGCGGCACGAUCAGAGAGACAUUCAAGAAGACCUUGAGCGAGCAGGGUAGACUCGGUGGCCCGAGACGAUUCGAGAGUGUCGAAUACACGGUGCAUGAUGCACAAGGCUCACGGUCCGUAUCAGCGCUCAGUCCUGCGCCACCGAGCACGCAGACACAGCCAAGCGGACCUAUACCGACUUCAUCACCAUUGCAAACACCAUACAAGCAGACUGGAGAGAACACAGUGCGCAUCCCAGACGGUUCGCGGAACCCUGCUCAUGGUGGCAUGAACAUGCAGCAGCAGCCACCAACCGCAACGACGAAGAUGCACCAGCAGCCCCUGACGGCCUAUCACGGGACUGUCAACUUCUUUGUUGGACCUCUGCCCGGUGUACUCGCCGGCCCAUUGAAGGACACCACGCCGCCACCACCCGAGACGAACACUCAUCCUGUUCAUGGUGGCGACAUGAGAUACCCUCACGUCAAGCUCCCACCGCCUCCACCACGGGUCAAGCUGCCUCCAGUAUCGAUGCCUGGUUAUCCGUCACCUCAGCAACAGCAGCAGACUACUGUACAGAUCCCUGGCCGGCCUGUUCAGUGGGGUCCACCAGGUGUGGCACGACCUCUUGUGCAGAACAACGAAUGGCAAGCCCGCUUCAACGGUUUGUUCAAUCGCGCCAACGUUCAGACUGAAGUGCCGCCUUCGCCGCCUAAGACGCCGCCGAAAUCAGCUGGAUCCAUCCCAUCGCUUGCUAUCACAUCCUUCAGCAAGGCGGAGAUGGAUGAAGACCUCAUGAAAAUGUCAGCGACUGUAUCUUUACCGAUCUCACCACCGAAACGUAAGGCUACUACUACUCAAGGGUUCACGAUCGACGAUAGCAGCGAUAUUGCGUCUAAGCCUUCGAUCGACCAUAUGUUCUACGAGGAGCUCAGCUUUGGCUCGAAGCCUAUUGUUCGCCCGCCUCCUCGUGGAAUGAGAUAUAAUUCUGACGUUCUCCGUGCAUCUCGCAACAAUCACAUGUUCGGUUCUAGGGUCGAACCACAUUCCAGUGGCAUCUUACCGUCUGAUGGGCCGAAGAAUGGUAUCUAUGUCAAGAUCCCGGGCACAAAGACUGGCAAUAAGCUUGUCAGGCGUGCAGCACCAGCUGAAGACAAGCAGAUGCGGCCUCAGAGAGGUGGUCAUGCUGGUAGGGCGGGCAGAGGUAGACCUCGGGGUCGGGGUGGUGCUGUCGCCUCACCUUCUGCCAAAGCGUAG